AUGGCGUCACAGGAGGAGGGUCUCACGCGCCUUUUGGGACUAGCGGAAGUGACGCGGAGAGCAGAAGCCCGGCUCAUGGAGCCCGGGCUGCAGGGCGUGCUGAGCGAGGUCGCGAUGGGACGGCUCCGGCGGCCGAUUCUCCCACCGUUGCCACCGCUGCUUCUGUUGCUGCUGUUGUUCAUGGCUCCGGCGGCCGAGCCGUUCGAGCCCAUCAGCGUGGGCAUCGCCAUCGGCGCCGCCUCGGCCCUCACUGGCUACCUCUCCUACCCAGACUUCUACUGUCGCUUCGUAGAGUGCUGCCGCGAGGAGCAGCCGCUCAACGCCUCGGCACUAAAGUUAGAUUUAGAAGAGAAACUGUUUGGACAGCACCUGGCUAGAGAGGUGAUUCUCAAAGCAUUGACUGGCUUCAGGAACAACAAGAAUCCAAAGAAACCUCUAACUCUCUCUUUACAUGGAUGGGCUGGCACAGGCAAGAACUUUGUCAGUCAGAUUGUGGCUGAAAGCCUUCACCCCAAAGGACUCAAGAGUAACUUUGUCCACCUGUUUGUUUCCACUCUGCAUUUCCCGCAUGAACAGGAGAUAAAAUUGUAUCAGGAGCAGCUGCAGAAGUGGAUUCGGGGCAACGUGAGUGCAUGUGCAAGAUCUGUUUUCAUAUUUGAUGAAAUGGAUAAAUUACACCGUGGGCUCAUUGAUUCCAUCAAGCCAUUUCUAGACUACUAUGAGCAAGUUGAUGGAAUCUCUUAUCGGAAAGCCAUCUUUAUCUUCCUCAGCAAUGCGGGAGGUGAUCUUAUAACCAGAAUGGCCCUUGAUUUUUGGAGGGCAGGAAAAAAGAGAGAAGACAUUCAGCUCAAAGAUUUGGAGCCUGUGCUAUCUCUAGGAGUCUUCAAUAAUAAAAACAGUGGCUUGUGGCACACUAGUCUGAUAGACAAGAGCCUCAUUGAUUAUUUUGUUCCAUUUCUGCCCUUGGAAUACAGACAUGUGAAAAUGUGUGUGAGGGCAGAGAUGAAAUCAAGGGGUUUUGCUAUAGAUGAAGAAGUUGUUACAAGAGUGGCAGAUGAAAUGACAUUUUUCCCAAAAGAAGAGAAAAUCUAUUCUGAUAAGGGCUGCAAGACGGUUCAGACAAGGCUGGAUUUUCACUGAGCUUUUUACUGUGAGAGGCAACCAGAAGAUGCAGGUCUUGCUGUUCUGAAGCACUUUUUGAAGACCCUUUUUAGGAAUCUGCACAUUUGCACUUACUGACUUUUGGGAAAAUAACUUUCUAAGAAGAGUGGAUUUUAAAAACAUAUCACUAAAAAACUGCAGCCUAACUGAUAGUUUUCAGUUGAAGAUGGUACUUGAAAAAUUCCACUCAAGCUUGUCAUCCCUAACUGCCUUAAGUGGCCUUUACAACUAUUUGUGUUUGUAAUUAUUGCUGACUCAUAACGUCUGCUAUGCAUCAGAAUGACUGUCUUAACUGAAGGGAGUUCCUUGGGGCUGGCCCUAAUGUUUCCACGUAAUAUUAGGUGUUCAUCGGAAAAAUUAUAGAUUGGAUUAUUCUGUUUACUUUCUGCUCAUUACACGUAGAACACUUAUAACUUCUGGGAAUGGUCAUUUAAAAUCUAGAGCACUCCGCAACUACAAAGGAUACUAGGUGAGAGUAUAUGACCACAUGUGUUCUUGAACUUGAAGAAUUGUGCCAUUGAGGAAACUUAUCUUAUUCUACAAUCAGCCCAUGUUUCCAAAGUGGAGGAUAGAAUCUCUUUGACCUUUUAGUCUGUCUAUUCCUCCUCCUAUGGUGACGUGGAGCACUGAGGUCAUCUAAUAUAAACAACCCCUAUUGAUUGAUUCAGUGUCCAGAUCACAAUGCUCUCACACACUUUUUCUGGUCAGAAAACUGCAUUGUACCUCUAAACUUCAGCCUCAUGUCUCUGAAAUACAUCUCCAAACUCUGGUACCAAAUUCAAAUUGCUUUGGGUGAUUGGGUCACUAGUUCUAGUAGUCAAACACUUCUGCCUGUUACAGCUUAUAUAACAGUCAAUCUUGGAAUUUGGUCCCUGCAACUCUAGUAUGAAAUCCACAGGAUUUGUAAAUUAAUAAUGAAUGACUCAUACCUUGUAUGAACAUGCAAGUGACUCAUGUCACUGAAAGGUUAUUAUGUCAUAACUAGUAUUUUCAAAGAUAUAUUUUUGAUAGUUCUGAUAUAUGAAAGGUGUGAAAAACUAUUUGAUAUAAGGAAAAAUAUAGAAUGGAGUUAAAAUUUAUCCCUUUCUUCAUACGGACUCUUACACUCAAGUGUAGUUUGAAUUCCCAUUACAAACUUUAUAGUAAUGUGAGUGAAAAUUAAGAUCUGAUAUGGUGGCUAGUUAUAGUCUGCCUUGCCAUGGGAACCUGAAUAAUAUCAAUUCCCCUACAUGGACUGACUUAGUUGCCUCUUUGAGGGAAGUAAGAGUUUUUUUAUUCCAUGUGGGAACUAUAGUUGCAGUGCAACUAGUUAAUUGUGCAGCCUUUUUAUACAUAAAGUUAAGAGAAUGAAUAUUUUUGUAAUAUGUUAAACAUUAGAAAAAUUUUAAAGCACCAAAUGAGUCUUUUAAUAAAAUUCCCCCAGGAUGGCACUUUCUAUAUUUUUAAUAUACAUUCUCAAAUUGGAAUAAUUAGCUUUUUUUUUUAUCACCUUGUGGGUAGUUGGUCUUAUGGUGACCUGUUUAUUCUGUUGCAAUAAACAGAACACAUUAGUAACCUUAGGCCUUUGGACUGUUGUUUCUGAUUUAUAACUUAGAAAACCUGCAAGUAAUUCUCCUGUCCCCUAUCCCUCUAUUCUGUUCCCUUAAAAGAUGUGAAUGAGAAUUUUAAAGUAUAAAUAAAAAUAAAGAUGAAAUUUUA